AUGGUGAACCUCAUGUGGUCGGAGCUGCUGCAGGAUGAGCGCCCCAAGGGCGGCGGCGGCGGCGGCUGCAGCCCCGAGCGGCUGUUCGAGGGCUGCCGGCGGCUGCGGAGCCUGCGGGACGGGGUGCGGCUGGAGGUGGCGGCCGAGAGCGGCGGGCCCGUCGUCCUGCACAGCUUCACCCAGCUCGACCCGGACUUGCCCCCGCUGGAGAGCUCCACCCAGGAGAUCGGAGAAGAGAUCGAAGAUGGCGUAAUCUAUAGCAUUUCUCUCAAGAAAGUCCAGCUCCACCACACAGCCAACAAGGGUCAGCGAUGGCUAGGGUAUGAGAACGAGUCAGCCUUAAACCUCUACGAGACGUGUAAGGUGCGGACUAUCAAAGCCGGCACCCUGGAGAAGCUGGUGGAGUACCUGGUCUCAGCCUUCAAAGGCAACGACUCCACAUACGUCACCAUCUUCCUGUGCACGUACCGGGCCUUUGCCACUACCAAGCAGGUGCUGGAUCUUCUCCUGAACAGAUAUGGGAAGCUCCACCUCCAAGCAAACGGAGACCACCCCAGGCACGCUGUGGACGAGAGGCUGGAACUGAAAAACACCAUCUCUUCCAUCCUGGGGGCAUGGCUGGAUCAGUACUCGGAAGACUUCCGCAAGCCCCCGGACUACACUUGCCUCAAGCAGCUCAUCAUCUACGUGCGUCACAACAUUCCCGGGUCGGACCUGGAGCGGCGGGCGCGCAUCCUCUUCUCCCAGUUCCAGCAGCAGGAGCGGGCCGAGCCAGAAGCGGAAGCUGUGGACCACGCCAGUUGCUCCCUGCGGUUAGAGGAAGAGAACGGGCUGGUGGAAGGCAAGCCGGACUUCCUCUCCUUCUCUCCAGAGAUGGUGGCCGAACAGUUCACGCUGAUGGAUGCCGAGCUCUUUAAGAAGGUGAUGCCUUACCAUUGCCUGGGCUGCAUUUGGUCCCAGCGGGACAAGAAGGGCAAGGAGCACUUAGCCCCGACCAUCCGGGCCACCGUCUCGCAGUUCAACAGGGUCACCAACUGCGUCAUCGCCACCUGCCUCGGGGACCGGGCGCUGAAGCCACAGCAGAGGGCCAGAGUGGUGGAGCACUGGAUCGAGGUGGCUCGGGAAUGCCGGAUUUUGAAGAACUUCUCUUCCCUGCGUGCCAUUCUGUCCGCCCUGCAGUGCAAUGCGGUGCACAGGCUGAAGAAGACGUGGGAUGAGGUGUCGCGGGAGAGCUUCCGCACUUUCCACGAACUGUCGGAAAUCUUCUCUGAUGAGAAUAACCACUCGUUGAGCCGGGAGCUCCUCAUCAAGGAGGGGACCUCUAAGUUUGCCACACUGGAGAUCAACCCCAAGAGGGCUCAGAAGCGGCAACAGCAGCAGCGAGAGAUGGGGGUCAUGCAAGGCACCAUCCCAUACCUGGGCACUUUCCUCACUGACUUGGUGAUGCUGGACACAGCCAUGAAGGACUACUUGGAUGGGGGUCUGAUCAACUUUGAGAAAAGGAGGAAGGAAUUCGAAGUCAUUGCCCAGAUCAAACUCCUCCAGUCGGCCUGCAACAAUUACAGCUUCACGCAAGAGGAUCGCUUUGUCGGCUGGUUCCACAGCGUGGAUCGGCUCACUGAGGCAGAAAGCUACGGCCUCUCCUGUGAGAUCGAGCCUCUGUCGGAAUCCGCCAGCAACACUCUGAAGGCAAAGAAGAACCCCGGCAUCAUCAAGCGCUGGAGCGACCGGCAAGCCCCCAGCACGGAGCCCUGUGCCGGCGGCAGCUCCCACUCCAAGUCCUUCGACCAGCUUAAGUGCGGGCCGUACCUGUGCAGCGGGGACACGGCCGACUCGGUCAGCGUCACAUCUGCUGGCUCCAGCAGCUCCGACGUGGAAGAGAUCAACAUCAGCUUCAUCCCCGAGUCCCCUGACGGCCAGGAGAAGAAGGUACAGGACAGCGGCUCGCUGGGCUCCACUCGCGCCCAGGGGGGCAGGUGGCAGUUCUGGGAGUCCACUUCUCUGUCCUCCUUGGACACAUCAGGCAUCGGCUCCAGUUCCAGCAGCGCCUCUUCAUCCUCGGUGUCCUCCACGCCGGUGCCGGUUUCGCGGACCCACAAGCGCUCCGUCUCGGGCAUCUCCAGCUAUUCCUCCCUCUCCCUUCCCCUCUACAACCAGCAGGUGGACGACUGCUGCAUUAUCCGCGUCAGCCUGGCGGUGGACAACGGGAACAUGUACAAGAGCAUCCUGGUGACGAGCCAGGACAAGACACCGGUGGUGAUCCGGAAGGCCAUGGCAAAGCACAACCUGGACGGGGACCGGCCGGAGGACUACGAGCUCAUUCAGAUCAUCUCAGAGGAGAGAGAACUCAAGAUCCCGGACAACGCCAAUGUCUUCUACGCCAUGAACUCCGCAGCCAAUUAUGACUUUGUGCUGAAGAAGCGGGGCUUCUCCAAAGCGGUGAAGAUUAAGCACGGCUCCAGCUCCACCCUGCCCAGGAUGAAACAGAAGGGCCUCAAGAUCGCCAAAGGCAUCUUUUGAAC